AGGCCGAGGCGGCGGCCCGCGGCCCCUUCGACCUCAUCUGCGCCUGCGACGGGAAGCACUCGAAGGUCCGCGACUCGGCCGCGGCGCAGGAUCCCGAGCUCGUCAUCACUACCCGCGAGGGCCGAGCCGUCGGCGAGCAGCGCUACAAGACGGUGAAUUGCGACAAGGUAGAUGACAAGAGCGGCUCCAACGAAGAGCUGCUGAAGCCAGGGUGGCUCUACAACUACCACGGCGCGGAGGUCGCCAGGAUGCCGGCUGGCGGCGCAAUCGGCAUCGUCGCCAUCUGGGGCGAGCGGGAUCUGCAGCCCGGCAUGCUGAAGGAACGCUUCCCGCGGCUGAUGCCUCUCAUUACGGCC